AUGAAAUUAUUUAUAACAAUAACACCAAAUUUAGAAAAAUUAUUACAUAAUGAAAUUAAAGAUAUUUUAAGAACAAAUAAAUUAACGUUACCAAAAUUUCAAGUUUUUGAAGGUGGUAUUGAAAUUGAUUUAACAAAGGAUCCAAAUAUAAGUGAACAAGAAAAAGAAUAUUAUUUAUGGUCAAUUUCAAAUUGUAGUAGAUUAGCAGAAUCGAUUAGAAUUAGAGUAGGUUUAUCAUUUCCAUGUAAAAAUUUCAGUCAAUUUAAUAUUAAUUUAGAGAAAUUAGAUUAUAAAACCUAUUUUCCAACAUCAUCAAUCGAACCACAAGUGGCGGUUAGUUGUAAUGCUUCAACAUUGUAUCAUACAAAUGCAAUUAAAGAAAGAUUUAUUAAACAUUUUAAUAAUUCAAUAAAAGAUAAAAUAUCAAUCGAUAUAAAUUAUUCAAAAUUUAAACCAAUUAAAAAAUUAUUAAAAAAUUUAAGAUAUAAAUUAAGAAAAAUUCAAAAUCCUAAUGAUGAUGAAAUAAUUGGUGGUGGUGAUGAUCAUGAAAUAAUUGGUGAUGAUGAAGAAUUAAGUGAAGAAGAAAUUUUAAAUAGAAUUGAUAAAUUACAAAUUGAAUUAGAGCAAGUUAUUGGUAAGCAAAAGAAUAUACCACAAAGUAAAGUUUUUAUAAGGAUUGAUCAAAAUGUAGGACAAUUAUCAGUUGAUGCAUGUACAAGUGGUGAAGGUCAAUUACUUCAUAAGAGAACAUUAAAUAAACAUAUAUCAGAUGCACCAAUUAGGGAAACAUUAGCAUCUGCAAUUAUAAUGGCAAUUAUUUCAAGUACUCGUAGGGUUGGUAGUGGUACCACUGAAGGUAGUUACCUGGAUUUGAAUAAAACCAAUAUUUGGGACCCUUUCGUUGGUAGUGGAACCUUAAUUCAAGAGGCUAUUAGCAUGCUUUUAAAAGCAAAACCAUCAAGUUGCACAAACUAUAAAAGGUCAUUCCAAUUUGAAAGAUUUAAAAAUCAUUCAACUGAAAGAUAUUUAAAAUAUUUAGAAUCAAUCAAUAAACCCAUUUCACCAUUAAUUAAAAAUACAAUUUUAAUUGGUUCCGAUAUUGAUCAAAAAGCAAUUGAUUCUUCAAUUUUUAAUUUAUCAAAACAAGGUUAUCAACAUGAAAAUAUUAAAUUUUUUAAGGGUGAUUUUAAAUCAAUUUAUUUAGAUCAAAUUAAUAUUGAUAAUAGUUUAGAUGAUGAUGGUGAUAAUAAUAAUAACAAACCAUUUACAAUUAUUACAAAUUUACCAUACGGUACUAGAGUUUUAAAUAGAAAUCAACCACAACAACAACAAAAUCAACCAAUUCAACCAAAAGCAACAAAAAUUAAAGAAGGAGAAAAUUAUUAUGAAGAUGACGAUGAUGAUGAUUUCUUUUCAAUUAGAAGUCCAAAAAAAGAUAAUGUUAAUAUUUAUUUAAAUAAUAGUAUCUCAAAAGAUUUAAGAGAUUUAUUUAAAAGAUUUGGUGAUAUGAUUCAUGAAUCUAAUGAAUCAGUUUUAAGAGAUGUUUUCGUAUUAAAUGGUAAUAGUCAUUUUCAAUCAAUUUCAACAAAUAAUGGUAAAAAUAAUUUUGAAUGGGAAAGAAUUUUAAAUUUUAGAAAUGGUGGUUUAACUGUUGAAUUAUUAAAAAUGGUUAAAAAACCAAAUUAA